AUGAAGUCUUUUGAUGGAAUAUGGACUGGACUGAACGAAAAGGAAUUGCUAAACGUGGAGCGUCCUAUCUUUGCAGAUGUUGCGGAUGGGUGGCAGCGGCGCAGAAGACACUCGUUGCACAUGACGUAUCUAUUGUUUGUCGGCAAGGUAGUCUCCGAAUUUACCGAGGAGGCUUGUGUGAAGAUAUUGAGGCUUGUGUUAAGCUAUUGA